GGCCUAGCUAGCACAGCUUAUCUACACCGGCCAGCACCCCGGCCCUUGUUUGGAGUUUCUUCUCCUCUCGAGUGAGCUACCACUGUCCUCCUCACACUGCACCCAAACACAAACCCGGCCAAUCUUCCCUGCAAGAAGAGGAAGAGGAAGAAGAACUGAAUACUUGUAGCAGUGAUGUCGAUCAAGUACUGCGACCAGCACAAGGACUGCGAGCAGCAGCGCCUCCACCGGCGGUACUGCGCUGCCGUCGUCGCCAUCAUCCUCAUCGUCCAUCUCAUCGUGCUCACCGUCUGGCUCGUCCUCCGCCCCACCAAGCCGCGCUUCUACCUCAACGACGUGGCCAUCGUCUGCAUCAACGUCAGCUCCUCCUCCUACCUCACCGUCACCAUGCAGGCCACGCUGGCGGCGCGCAACCCCAACGACAGGGUGGGCAUCUACUAUGACCGCCUCGACGCCUUCGCCGAGUACCGGGGCCUGCAGAUCACCGUCCCCACGGCGCUCCCCCCCGCCUACCAGGGCCACCUCGACGCCUCCGUCUGGUCGCCAUUCCUCUCCGCCGCCAACGUCCCGCUCCCGCCCUACCUCGCCGAGGCGCUCACGCAGGACGAGACGGCGGGGUACCUGCUCGUCACCAUCCGGGUGGACGGGUGGAUACGGUGGAAGGCGGGGGCGUUCAUCACCAGCCACUACCACCUCCGGGUCAGGUGCCCCGCGCUGCUCACCGUCAACGAUGGACAGGGGAGCUACGGCUCCAACACCGGCGGGGGGCUCGGGUACUUCAAGUUCCAGCGCGCGGCCGCAUGCGUCGUCGAUGUCUGAGUUUUUUUUUCCUCUUAAUUUGUUCAAGUCAUCCAUCAAGGCACUCUGCUGUGCACUGCAUGCUCAAUUUGGUUACUAGUUUGAUUAUCUUUGUUGUGUGCAAAAGCUCGAUUAUAUCAGGACUUAUUUCGGGCUGGGCCGGGUCUCAAACAGCCUGACCCUGGCCCGGAAACUAAUUGUGCUCAAUUCCUCAUAUAUAUAUAUAUAUAUACUUUUAUGUUUU